AUGUUCGGUUUGCGCUUUGACACCCGCUUGGAGGAAGCUGCGCCAGCAGUGGAGGCACCCGCUGUGGAGGAGCCGCAGGUGAAGGAGGAGGUGAAGGAGGCGAAGGAGGAGGUGAAGGAGGAGGCUCCGGAGGCCAAGAUGGACGCCGUGGUGGCAGCCGUGGCGGAGGCUGCGGAGGCGGCGAAGGAGGACAUCAAGGAAGAGGUGGCCAAGGAAGAGGAGGUGAAGGAGGAGCUGAAGGAGGAGCUGAAGGCGGAGGUGGCCGGCGUCACCGAGAAAGUCAAGGAGGAGCUCAAGGAGUUCAAGGCUGAGGUCGCCGUGACGGAUGCAGCCUUGCCGGGUGAGGCCAAGACACCGACCUGCAAUCUCUUCGGCAUGUGUGGUCUAUGA